AUGCAGCAGCAAAAGGAAGUCUCGGUGGUCACUAGCAGCCCAGUCAUCGGCGGCGAGGAGGAGGAGGAAGAAUCGGCCGUCGACAGCUUCAGCAGCGUUGGUGACGGUGUAGGCGCUCGAGACAAGGCCGUUGAAAUGGCUUGGCUCCGCUUCGAUGCUGAGUCGCCUUUCAUCAGCUUCGAUUUGCCAUCCGGGACGCCGUCAGACGCUCCCCGAGCUUUCUUUAACGAUGCCAAUAAUGGACUUUCGUUUGAGGAACAAGAGUCGUGGCCAUCGAAUAGUAGCAGCGAAGCCACCCUGAGCAGGCGGCCGACGUCUGCCUCUGCCUCUGCAUCUGCCUCUGCCUCUGCCUCUGCCUCGGCUUCAGCGUCAGCUUCUGCUUCCGCUUCAGUGUCGACAUCGGAAAGUAACGGUAUCUCCCCUAAUCCUGCAACCUUCAGUAGCAGAAACGGCAACAAUAAUGCCAAGAACAAGCGAAAGUCGUCGAGCGGGACACCAAAUGAAGAGCCCGAAUUGAAAGAGGAGAAAGAGGGCGUCCACAGACAGCAAUCUGUAGGGAAGAAAGCGGGGUCGAUGUCGAGGAGUCGGUCGAGAAACGCCAAGCAAACGUCUCCAGACAGCGUCCGCUCUUUACUCGCAGACGCCCUUGGGCUGGAGGGUGUUGGAGGAGGGAAGGGAGGUGGAUUAGGACAGCAAGGGGGAGGAGGAGGAGGAGGAAAGGUGCCAACAGUGCGGACAAGGCCGAGCAGGAGGGCAACCGUCGGACCUGCCGCUCAAGCAGCGGCGCAAGCCUCCGUUCAUCAGCAUCUCCGCAUUGAUGCAAAGGGGGCCGCCGAGGCUGCUGGGCCAACGGGCGCACAAUGGUCCGCUGGCCGUGCAAGGUCCUCUUCGAGAGGUGCCGCUCUCUCGCCUUCUUCCGCUCGAUCCUUGCCUGCCACUGACGAACGACAACACGCAUCUGCUUGGCCGCCACCACCGAGUCCGGCCAUUGGUGGGAGCAUGAGUCUCCAAGACUACCUCAAGCAACCUCAGGGGGCGGCUUGGGCUCAGCAUUUUCGCCGCCAUUUCGAAAAUACGCCGGCUUCCUCUCAACGGCACCAGCAACAAGCGUCACAAUCCGUGCCGAUGACAAGCUCGCCGACUUUUAAUUCCGAUCCGUGGAUGUUGCAACCUUCGCCAUGGCCGAGCCCACAUAUUCAACAGAACCAGCAGCCUAUGAAUGCUCAGACAGAAGCCAGUCAGCUCGUCGCCCAACUGAUGGCCGGUCGUGCAGCUGGAUCAGAGACUGAACUCGUCCAGACGCUUCAAGCAGCAUUCGUCUUGGGAUUGCAGCAUCUUGGUUUGACUUCUUCUCCCUCGAGCAGCGUCCGAGAAGCUGCUCCCCCCGAGCCUGCUUCUCUUGCAGCGCAAGCUUCCGUGCCCCCGCCUUCUGCUAUGCUGCAUACCACCUCCUCGAUUCCCGCUUCGUCAUCGAUGGAGCCGGCGAUGGCGCCCGCGAUGAGUAAUGCAGCAGACUUGAGCCUUGAGCAGUUUCUCAACUCAAUUGCCAGCACCCUGACACCUCAAGAGGAAACCCGCCCAAUUAAUCAUGGCAACGCAUCCGCGUCCGAUAACGGGAAUGAGAUGGACCGUACCCCUUCUUCCGACCGGCACCAUCGUAAGAAUACUCUCGAGACGGCCAGGAAUCGAACGACAUCGAUCAGCACUCGUCUCCAGACGACGCACCUCGACGAUGUCAUGGAGAUGUGCUCCGAGGCGGGAAGUGCGAACGGUGACAGUAAAGCCCGAAAAGAGCGAAAAAAUGCGUUGAAGCAUGCGACAGAGAACGAUCUCCCUUCGGCGUCUGUCCUCGGCGAUGAGGAAGAAGAUUGCGCAGCAGACUCAGCCGACGCCGACGACGAGGAAGCCCCUCUGUCGACUCCGUUUGAGCCAACCACGACUGCUGAAGCUCCCUCAUGGGGCAAAGAGGCAGUGACGAGCAAAAGCAACGAGGGCGCCAAGCCGACAAAUGCGGAGGCCACGGCCAAAAAACUUGCCGAGAGACGUCGAAAGCGUAGAGAGUCACACAACGCCGUCGAGCGUCGUCGUCGGGAUCACAUCAACGAACGCAUCGCCGAGCUGGCUUCCCUCCUUCCCGAGUCGAUGCUCCUCGAUGCCAUUGCCGCGUCAACGGCCGGUGGUAACUAUGCCCACAUCGACCUCUCACUUUUUGCUUCCAAGAAGGCACAGGCAAAGAGCGAGGAGACUUCCACGUCGGUAGAAGAUCUGAAGCCAAAGACAGAGUUGGAGAGGCAAGCAGAGGCCCUCGCUCCGGUUUCAGCUCACAGUGAUACGCUGGCGGCGGCGCAAGCGAAACCAAACAAGGGCAUCAUCCUCACGAAGGCUUGCGAAUACACCAAGAUCCUUCACGACUUUUGCGAGCGGCUCAGGAAGCGGAACAAGGAGCUCGAGGAGGAGAAUACCAGGUUGAGGGAUGAGGCUAUGAUGAUGGGUGUCAGGCACCCAGAACAGCAAUCCAUGCAGCACACGGUUCCCGACUGGGUCUUUGCGGCGCCAACUCUAUCGGUGUCUGGGCAAGGAGAGCAGCAGCAACAGCAACAACCACAACCACAACAGCACCAACAUCAGCAACAACAGCCGCAACAACAACAGCAGCAACAACAACAGCAGCAACAACAACAACGACAACAACCGACGCCCUCUUUUAUGGAGCUCAUUAGUCUUGGCGUCAGCAGCCUUGCUGCCAUUGGCCGACAACAGCAACAGCAGCAACAGCAAACGAAUCAGCAUCCGCCUGUGUUGCCCACAAAUCCUCCCACGCUGGCAGAUUGGCUGUCCUUUGGCCAUGCGAGGAGGGAGUCAGCUACAGCCGCUCCAGCCUCUUCCGGAGGUCCGCCAACAGCACCGGCUCAUUUUGACGCCUCCUCUUCCUCAUGCGUCAGCUCGACUUCGCGCCCGAAUUCCCUCGCUUCUCCACCCCCUUCAACUGCUUCUUCCAACACUUCCGCCGCUUCUACAACGUUGCUACCUCCAGGCUGGGAGGGUAACGCGGCCUUGAAAGUCAAGAAGGAAAAUGAGUGUGCCUUUGAAGACGGGGAGACCGGCACACCGAUGGAAGAAUGA